GUAGGGUAUAUUUGUUCCGUUAGAGUUACAGCCUCAGCCUAGAAUAGCUAUUAAGCCAUUGAGUCCCUCAAUAAGUGCUUGUUGAAUGAAAUGUUUGCAGUGCUUACCACAUGGUAUAGCAGUUUCAUAUCCCCCCAUAGGAUGUGGAUUGGAGCAGGGAACUGUCACUUUUGUAAUGGAUACCAGCGCCAGGCACUCAGUAAUUGCCAAGUUUAAGCAUUCCACUUCCAGUAGAUAUUUAUGGUGUACAAAAAUUCUUUUCAGGUCCUGCAUCUUCAGUAUGGAAUGUAUGUUUGGCCCUGUGCUGUGGUCCUGGCCCAGUACCUGUGGUUUCACAGAAGAUCUCUACCAGGCAAGGCUAUCUUAGAGAUUGGAGCUGGAGUGAGCCUUCCAGGAAUUAUAGCUGCAAAAUGUGGCGCUGAAGUAAUCCUGUCAGAUAGUUCAGAGCUGCCGCACUGUCUAGAAAUCUGUCAGCAGAGCUGCCACAUGAACCACCUGCCACAGGUGCGUGUUGUAGGACUAACGUGGGGUCACCUACCUCUGGACCUUCUGGCUUUGCCACCACAAGAUAUUAUUCUUGCAUCUGAUGUGUUCUUUGAACCAGAAGAUUUUGAAGACAUUUUAACUACAGUGUACUUUUUGAUGCAGAAGAAUCCCAAGGUCCAGUUGUGGUCUACUUACCAGGUAAGAAGUGCUGACUGGUCACUUGAAGCCUUGCUCUACAAGUGGGACAUGAAAUGUGUCCACAUUCCUCUGGCGUCUUUUGAUGCAGACAAGGAAGAUAUAGCAGAAUCUGCCCUUCCAGGAAGACAUACUGUUGAAAUGCUGGUCAUUUCCUUGGCAAAGGACACUCUGAAUUAUACCUACAAGCUGACCACCUCAGCUUGAGAGUACAAGCAGUGGAUUUGAAGAUGGUCAGAUCUGUUGGCCUUAAGACUGUGAUGGGUAACCUAGACAAUGUUCAUGGAGACUACACAGCCAUGAAAACAAAAAUUAAAACACCUAUUAAGAAAAGGA